CGCGAUAUGUACGUUUUAUAAUAUAUUGUCAAAACAUUUGUAUUUUUCUUGUUUUCCAGUGAAAGUGGCUUCAUAUUUUUAAAAGAACACACUUUUGUGGAUUCUUAGAAAGAGAAACGGCGUUCCUUUAUUGUCUGUUUCAUAUAUUACCGGGGACAAGUUAACUUUAGGCUUUGUUUGGAAAUUGUGAGACGAAACAUUGAAAACACUAUGGCGCUCGUGAAGGUUGGUGGAAAAGGCGUGAUGGUCACACAGACGGAGGGAGCAGUGAUUAAUAAAAAUAAACCAAAGAAAAAAGUACUAGCCGAAGAAAAGUACACAGAGGAUAUGGAAAAGAUCAUAGAGAGAGACUUUUUCCCCGACAUGGAGAAAAUGAGAGUUCAGAAAGAAUAUAUUGAUGCGAUGGAAAAUAAGGACACAGAGAAAAUGAGGGAAUUGGCAAUUAGGCUGAGUUCUACAAGACACAAGAGACCACAUACAAUUACUGAAAACACAGACACAUAUGCAAGUCCAUCUACAUUUGAAACACCUGACGUUGCACUUCAAGGUAAAAGGUCAUCACCAAGACGACAGGAUUUACUCAUUGAUUUGGAAGAUAAUGAUAAUGAAGUAGUCAACAAGAAAAAGAAACCAGAUGAAUCCAAUCGCUCACUUGAUGAAUAUCUAGCAAGGAACACAAGCGAAGACAAUGCAUCAUUCUGUGAAAUUAUGCAUAUGGCAGAAGAAAAACAAAAACAGAAGCAUGAAUGGAUGUACAAUGCUGAGCAGACUCAGAAAGAAGAACAGUUAAAAAUGAUAGAAGGAUCUCCGAGGCUGGCUAUCAAAGGUAUCAAUAAAAAGGUGGAUACAUGGACGUACCAGGCAAAAAAUCAACUUAUGUAUGUUCCUGAAGGUGUUGAUGAGAGCAUAGAUGAGAAGAUAAACAAGCAGCAUAAACAUCGAGAGAUUGUUCAUGACAACACCAGGUUUCAGAUCAACCCAUUCAACAUGGACAAACAAAAAGAAACGAUGGCCCGAGCUGCUGCAGCUAAAGCGGUCAUCAGUCUUGGUAAAAUAGGACACGAUGGCAAGGAAAUUCUCACAGAGGACACACCAAAAGUUAAUGGUUAUUCUAUGGUUGCUACUCCUUCACCAGCACCAGGUAGAGAUGGCGAUGAGUCUCCUAUGAUGACCUGGGGUGAAAUAGAAAGUACACCAUUUAGAUUAGACGGAAGUGAAACACCAUCUAUGGGACCUACUUUCAGGAUUGCAAACUUCCCAAGAAGAGAACAGCUUGGAAUAACACUUGCAGAGAAAGUCAGUAAAUCUCACAGAGCCAAGAAAGGUGACGCUCGCAAAGUGCUCGAAAAUUUUAAAACUCCAGCAAUGAAAAGAAUGGGAUCAGUUGAACGAAUGAGCAUGCUGUCGCCAGCAGCACGGAAACUUGUGAGUAAAAGCAUAGGAAAUCGAGGAGCAACUGACAAAGCCCUGAGAGCAAGUUAUACCCCGUCACCACAGAGAUCAGUAGGUGACAAAACACCUGUCAGAUUAACGCCUGUUCGAUUAACACCACACAGAACACCAACCACAACAUCAAGCAGUGGUAUUAGAAAGACCCCUAAAAUUAGCAGUAUUGGACCUGAUGUGUCCACAUUGACUGAUAAUCUACUUAAUCUGCCAAAGAAGCCAAGUAAAUCACGGGCUAAAGCAACAGACUUCUUUUGA